CAAUAUUUUCGUUCAGAAUUCAGUCUACUGUCACAAAUUGCCUCUCUCCUCACCAAAUUCGUUUCUACGAUUUCUUCUACUCGUUUCAUAGCAUUGAUUAGUCAUCAUAUACUUAUAAUCUACAGCUCAUGAUCGUAAUGGAUUUUAAAUAUCUUGCCAUCCUCACAACCAUUUUUAGCUAUGUGGUAUCAUCCAAUAUCACAUUAACAACAGGAAGAACAAAUAAAUUAUGCCUCGUUUUUGGAGUAGAGGGUAAUCGAAUUGUUCGCAACUUGCCUAACGAAGAUUUAGAAAAUAUGGCCGCAAUCUCCGAGAUGUCUGAAUAUGCAAACUACGAGUUAAACCGUCGAUAUAGAAUACUGCAUUACCGGGAUGGUGAAAUAACCCCGGAAUAUUUAAAGAAUGCUUUGAAACUCAUAUCUGAGACGAACCUCACCGAUGAUCAGCACCGAAAACCCUUCGUGAUGCAUCACUGGACACCAGAUCAAGCUAUUUUGUUUGGUGGUGAAAAACCGAUCAAAGUCAUAGCCGCGGCGGACUGUCCUUGUUCAGUGUUGAUAAUCACAUCUCACAAAGAUCAUCUAGAAGGACUCAUGGAAUUCGUAUUAGUAAAUGACCCAUUUCACCCACAUGAAAUAGAAGGAAGUCCAAUGAACGGAGUGAUUAUCCCAUACGAUUUAUAUGUAUUCUCGUACAAGAGCUUUUCUUUCUGGCGAGCCGACGAUUUGGAAUUUAUAAAAAUUCCUAUAUCAAAUGUCAAUUCUCUGGAAACUUAUGAAGGUGAAGUGAAGUUGGUCAUUGUGAUUAGUAACGAUCUCAAAUACAUUCAUGAAAGGGCUGAAAGCGAAGCACUGAAUGUGAAAAAUGAAAUUCGAAAGAAAAUUGUUAGCGCACCAAUUUGCGUUGUUGCUCAAUCGGAUAAUCGGGAGAAUGCUAUACACAACAAUCCCGAGGAGGUGCAAGGCAAUAUUUUGGCCUUCUACGGAUCUGACGUAAAAGCAUCGACUCUUUUAGUAGAAAAAAAUGAUACCAGCGAUAUUUUGAAAACAAAAUUUAAGAAAUGGAAGAAGGAAUUACUCUUCUUUAACAGUCAUCAAGUAAUAGCCUUUCAUUUUACUGUGGUCAAUGGCACUGAACCGGAGGAUAGCGAAGAAAUAUUCAGUCAUACAUUCCCAGACAUUCCGCUGAGUACGUUACGUUUACUUGAUGAAUCAUCGUUGACUGGAGUUGACUAUCAGGUUGAAACAAAGUUUGAUUUCUACACCGGUCCUGUAUAUGCCAUUGUUGGUUUUCGAAAAUUUGGUGGAGAAAAUCCAGUUACGGAAGUUCUCUCCGAGGAGAACGAUUGA